UCCAUAGAAACAGAAGUGCACACUUAACAGAAUUGCACUGUCUGUUGGGGAUUGCGGGGAACGAGCCAAGACAUUAGUAUCUCAGUCAAAGACAUGAAACGUCUAUGCAUAUGUGAGAUCUGCAGCUGUGGGCGCCACCGCUGCCCCCACCAGCCCACAGCUCUGUAUGGAAAGGCCAGUGAGACAUGUGUCCUGACAGAGUACACAGAGAAGUUCCCUGCCUAUGGUGGACACAGCCCUCCCCAAAGCCUGAAACCCUUGGCUGUCAACCAGGGUGACAUGGGGAGGAUGGAAGGAACCACUACUUUCAAGACUGACUUCGUUCCCUAUAAGGUGACUCGACGGCCGGGGAGACAGCAGGCUGAGUACGAGCCAAGUCCUGGAGACAUAGAUCUGGGGACUACUUACAGUCUGGACUUCAGCCCUUAUGAGGUCCAGCCCUUUGCCCCCUCCAGACCCAGGGAGAGAGUACAAGCAACUGGGGCUAAACUGGAUACAGUCCCCACUUAUAAAGAGGAUUUCAGACAGUGGGGGGUCUGCAAACGGGAGCUGAAGAAACCGGAACUGACGUUCCACCCUCCAGACGGCAGGUUUGUCGGCCACACCACCUUCCAGGAUGACUUCCUCCCCCGAGGUCUUGUCCCCAGAGAGAGCUUCAAGCCCCCUGUUAUCCCUGCUGUGUCUGACAUCCCCUUCAAUGGUGUGACCAGUAACCAGCUGACCUAUGUGCCCCACCUUCUGGAGGCACGCUAUGUGAAGCCUCCAGAACCCUAUAAACCCAGUAGCCAACCCCUGCAAGACCUCACCACCAACCGGAGAGACUACCAGGGCCUGCCGGGACAGCUGGCCCAAAGUUGUAAGCCUGACCCUGUCAAGAUGGCAUCUGACGUUCCUUUUCAGAGCAGCACAGAGUUUAAGGAGCGUUUUCUGGAGUGGCCGGUGGCCCUGCCUCUGCUGCACAAGAGCCUGGACUACGUCAGUCCCACUGAGCACAUGGACAUGACCACCACGUCUGGUGCCGACUACAUCCCACACAACAUCCAGCCCUUUAUCUCCGCCAAGCCCUUCAAUCGCUCCACCAAGUCAACAGCUCCCUUCCAGGGCCGCAGCACCAUGAGAGAUGACUUCCAGCCCUGGGUGGCCAAGAGACAGGGCAUAGUCAAGAAGCCUGAGGAAAUGCAGAGAGCCAGCGGACGCAUGGAUGACCUCACAACCUUCAAGGCCCACUAUACGCCACACCAGCUGAAACCCACUGUGAGCUUCAAGCCGGCUAAUGCCCCCCUGAGGACACAAGCCCCAAUGGAGGGUGGUACCAUGUACAGCACAGAGUUCACCCCCAAGAGAAUCAGCAUUUGUCCAGCCAGCUACGAGUCCCCUCCUGGCUUCGCCUUUGAGAAAAGCGAUGACAGGGGACACAAGUUCUACAGGAAGUUGUCAUCUAACAACAGGAACAAGAUGGUUGUCAUGCCAAAAGUGGUGCCUGUGGUGUCAUAAAAUGGGAUUGUUUAUCAUAAAAAGAGCAUGUUAAAACUCUUGUUUGGUCUGUAUAAUUGAGUUUCUUCAUUUUGGUACUACCUGCAUAGUAAUUCAUAGUAACUAUCAAUGGCCCCCAGUAAAUGUUUUGCUGUCUGAAUCCUUAUUUAAAACAAGCAUUAUUAAUGUUCAUCAUCACCAUGUAUCACUAUGCCAAAUUGCACAGUUAGUGGAAAUUAUCACAUUCACCUUUUCGUUAAAAGUCGCAAAAAUAAUGUAGUACGUCCAUUGGGAUUAUUAUUUUUUUCAACACUGUAAACAUAAUAAUCUGGCAGAGUAAUUUAAUAAAAGUUUUUUAAGGAUCUUAAAAUGUAAAUCUGUGCACAAAUAAGGAUU